UUUUUCCUUAUUUUAUUGUUCACUUUGUUACUGAUAUUUAUUUCUUGGAGAGUGUAUGGUAAACGGAUAUCUGAGAGAUUUAUAAAGCCGGCUACAUCAGCUACAAUAGAACAGUUGAAAGAAAGUGUAUCAAAACUUAAACUACCAAAGGAACACACACCCAGGAUAUAAAUAAUGGCAGACAAAAUAAAAAAGUUCUUUCAGAAGAAGAAAAUUGACACUAAAUUUAAGUUAGCCGGUCCUGGGCACAAACUGAGCGAAUCAACUAUUAGUCAAUCUUCAAAUAAUUCCAAACAAAGUGUGCCAGUUGUUAAAAGAUCUGGUUUAUCUGAAGAAAGUAAGGUGGCAGCUGAGGCAGCAUUAGCUCGACUACAACAAACAAGAGAUAAUCCUGAAUUCAAUACUUCAUUAGCUGCUAUUAAGGCUCAAGUAAAGAAAGAGUUAGAAAAUGAAAAGGCUUGUAGUUCUAAAUCAACGCCGGAACUUAAGGAGAAAAUAGACCCAGAAACUGAGGUAUCUAAACAUUUUGCAGCCACUGGUGUUUUCUUCAAGUGUCCUCUAAUAAGUAAUGACAUACUUCCACGAGAUGAAUGGAAAAGGAAUAUUAAAACGUUUCUUUAUGAACAACUUGAGGUAGAGAGAGGCUUAACGGCUUGUCUCAUCAUACACUCUUGUAAUAAUAAUAGGGAAAAGGUUGAAACUUGUGUUGAAACAUUGUGCAAGUAUUUAGAGAAUAUCGUCACUUAUCCAGAGGAGGAAAAAUACCAGAAAAUUCGAAUGUCUAACAGAGCAUUCCGCGAUCGAGUCCAACCGAUAGAGGGAGCGAUGGAGCUACUGCUAGCAGCCGGUUUUGUUGAACGGAAAUUACCAAACGCUGACGGCGUUGAAGAGGAUUUCCUUGUUUUUGUUAAGGAGAAUGUACCUUCUAUUGAAAGUUUGACGACAUUAAUCGACGCACUAAGAACGGCAGAACCGAUACAACUAGAAUUGGAUAGAAACCUGCAAGUGCUGUUGCCGUCUCAAGCAGCAAAUAAAAUGCAACUACCCCCAUCUUUCUACGCUCUCACACCCGAGGAGAUCAAACGCGAACAGCAAUUGAGGACGGAAGCAAUAGAAAGGAGUCAGAUGUUACGUACUAAGGCUAUGAGAGAGAAAGACGAGUUACGUGAAAUGAGGAAAUACAAAUUUGCCAUAAUCAGAAUACGUUUCCCCGAUGGUAUACUCUUGCAAGGCACAUUUUCGGUCUACGAAAGAUACAACGAUAUCCACGAAUUUGUUCAAGAGAAUUUAGAGCAUAGUGGUCUACCUUUCAUUCUGAACACUCCGACUGGACAUAAACUUAUUCAAGAUCAAGAUUCAAACAAAACUCUCAUAGAUCUAAGACUUGUACCCGCUACAGUGCUAACAUUUGCCUGGGACUCAUCUGUUAUCGAUGACAUCAAUAAUAGUCCGAACAAAGAUGUGUAUUUGAAGCCAGAAGUUAUGGUUCUAGUUCAAGAAAUAUAAUAUUCAAUAAAAACUAUUGAUUAUUGAUUAAAAUUAAGAGUGUGUUUCAAUUCAACAUACUCUACAAUUAUGAUAUCUUAAA